AUGGAAGCUUUAGAAACCUUCUGCAGAGCCUCUGGGAUGAAGGUCAAUGUGGAGAAAUCUAAAGCGCUAUGCUCUAGGAAUGUUUCGGCGACAAGAAAAGAGAUUCACCGGAGUGUCUUCCAUCAGAUUCGUCAAGAACUUGGACAAUGGAAACUUGAGAAUAUCUAUUCUCCUCUGAAUCAGUCUCUGCAGAACUAUAUAUUAACUCUUACAACGUGGAUGUUCAAGCUAGUUCAGAGGUCGGUUGGUGUUGGACUGGUGCAGUUUCAAAGGACGGAGGCUGAGAUCAUUGAAGGGAUAAUCCGAAUGGUUGUGCAGAAAUUGAAUCACAAAUAUACAAAUGAACUCAGAAGUCCUUUUAUUCGAGAUCAAAACUAUGCAUGCAUUGAAGCUCUUCUGAAAAUGCAAUCAAGGGAAGUUCAAAUCAUUGGAAUCUGGGGCAUGGGCGGUAUAGGUAAAACAACCCUUGCUGCUGCAAUUUUCAAAGAGUUCUCUUCCAAAUUUGAGGCUAGUUGUUUUUUGGAAAAUGUAAGAGAAGAAUCAUCAAAUCAUGGACUCAAUCACAUAUUCAAGAAACUCCUUUCUGAUUUGCUGGAGGAAAAGGUUCAUAUUAGCACUCCCAAAGUAAUAUCCUCAGCAAUCAUAAGUAGAUUAAGGCGUAAGAAAGUUUUCAUUGUACUAGAUGAUGUCCAUACUUCUGAACUCUUAGAAACUUUGCUUGGGGUUGGCCAUGAUUAUCUAGGAUUUGGUAGCAAAGUGAUUGUGACAACCAGAGAUAAGCAUGUGCUUCAGGGAAGAGUGAUCAUACAUCACAUUCAUGGAGUAAAAGAAAUGAAUUUUGAGAACUCCCUUAAACUUUUCAGCUUAAAUGCCUUCAACAAGCAUUGUCCAGAAACUGAAUAUUUGGAUCUAUCAAUGAUAGCAGUUGCUUAUGCAAGUGGCAUCCCUUUAGCUUUGAAAGUUUUGGGAUCUUUUCUGAGAUCAAAAAGUUAUCAUGAAUGGGAGAGUGCAUUGGCAAAACUGAAAGAAGUUCCCAAUGGAGAUAUCCAGAAGGUAUUGAGAUGGAGUUUUCAUGAAUUGGAUGAUACAGAAAAAAAUAUAUUUCUUGACAUUGCUUGUUUUUUCAAAGGGCAAAACCGAUAUAAAGUAACAAGGUUAUUGAAUGCCUGUGGUUUCUUUGCGGAGAUAGGGAUAAGAACCCUUUUAGACAAGGCUUUGAUAAGAAUAACAAUCAAUGAUAGUAUACAAAUGCAUGAUUUGAUACAGGAAAUGGGUCAUAAAAUUGUCGAUGAAGAGUCCAUUAAGAACCCAGGAGGACGUAGUGGGUUGUGGAAAUCUGAAGAAGUUCGAGACAUAUUGAAAAAUAACAAAGGGACUGAUGCAAUUGAAACAAUAUUCUUGGAUAUGACUCAAAACACUGAUGAGCUGUGCAUAAGUUCCCAGGCAUUUAGGAAGAUGCCAAACCUAAGGUUACUUGCUCUUGCAGAUAAUAAAGCUUUUCAGAGGAAGAAGAAGAGAACUAAUGAGACACUAGACCUUCCAACAAAUCUUGAGUUGCCUAAUAAUUUGAGAUAUAUCCAGUGGGAUGGUUGUCCAUUGAAAUCUCUAACAACUAGUUGGCCUAGUAAGCUUGUUCAGCUUUCCAUGCCAUACAGCAACGUUGAAAAACUUUGGGAUGGGGAACAGAUUUAA